CCACAAAAGUACCAGUUUUUGUAAGAACUUUGGGACUCUGCUUCCUGUAGGGAGUGGUUCCUGGUGGUACAAAGGAGGGAUAAACUUAGUUCUUCCAUUAGCUGGGUUACUGUGUCCGUCCCUCCCUCCCUCCCUGGAAGAGACGGGCUGUUCCACAAUGGAUGGUGCAGAUGGUACUGCUGACCUUGUGAUUAACAAGAGGUUUGUGUCUGAAUCGGAGCUAGAGGAGCGACGGAAGAGGAGGCAAGAGGAAUGGGAAAAGGUCCGAAAACCUGAGGAUCCAGAAGAAUGCCCGGAGGAGGCGUACAACCCAUGUUCCUUGUAUGAAAUACUUCAGGAACAGAGAGAAAAAAAGCAGCAGGAGUUUGAGGAGAAGUUUAAAUUCAAAAAUACGGUAAAAGGCUUAGAUGAAGAUGAGAUGCAUUUCCUUGAUGAGGUUUCUCGGCAGCAAGAGCUACUAGAAAAGCAACGAAGAGAAGAAGAGCUGAAAGAACUAAACGAAUACAGAAGCACUCUUGCCAAAGUGGGAGUCGGUAUGGACCCAAAGAAGGAAACUGAGAAGAAAUUGUCCAUGAAGUCAGUGGAAAACAAGAACAAAUUCUCUCAGGCAAAGCUGUUAGCAGGAGCUGUGAAACACAGAAGUUCAGAUGGUGGUAACAGUGUGAAGAGGUUGAAACUAGAUACUGAUCAUGAUGAAAAGAAUCAAGAAAAACCAUCCUGUGUUCCCUUGGGGAGCAGCUCAGUGGGAGGCUCCACAGUCCACUGUCCCUCAGCAGCCGUGUGCAUUGGGAUCCUGCCUGGCCUGGGCGCCUACUCGGGCAGCAGUGAUUCCGAGUCCAGCUCGGAUAGCGAAGGCACUAUUAAUUCCACUGGGAAGAUCGUCUCUUCUGUCUUCCGUAGCAACAAUUUCUUUGAUGGUCCAUAAUGAAAUCCCUCCAUGUGUAAUGUAGUGCAGAGUAUCUUCCAAAGCCCUGAUGGAUGCUUGAUGCAUCCCUCUGCCCCAAAUGGAAUCUUUCUAGCUAACCUUGCAAUGUUAAUACACUCAGAUACUCCUAAAAUAGCUGAUUAUAUUCCACCACCACCCCCAACUUUCCAUUUCUGGGGUGCAUACUGAGCCUGUAAGAAAGGCUGCCAUCCUAAACCAGAAGGCACACCUAGUAACUGUCAUGGUUU